AUGGAAGAGCUGGCGCGUCGAAUCGAGACGGCCAAUCGUAGCUACUACGCUGCCAGCGCAGAUCAACAACUCAGCGACCCCGGACAAGACGGCAUGAGCGACGCAGAGUACGAUGCCCUCUUUGACGAAUUGAAGCGAUUAGAGGAGCGCUUCCCGCAAGUAGCGGCCGCGAUCUUCACGGCAGACCGGCCCAGCCCCACCCAGCAAGUGGGCUACCGCCCUCUGACCGAGGAGAGCGGCUUGCUUGAACACGCGACGCCGAUGCUGUCGCUUGCCAACACGUAUGAUCCCCAAGAACUGGCCCAGUUCGACACUCGGGUGCGCAAGCUGAUAUCAGCAGCACCUGCGUCCCCUGACGUACAGAAGCCCAUCGAAUACGUGGCCGAGCUCAAAUACGAUGGCGUCGCGGUGAGUCUGCACUACCAGGACGGGAAGCUCGUGCGGGCGCUGAGCCGAGGCGAUGGCCGGGUGGGCGAGGACAUCACCGGCAAAGUGAAGCGGCUCACCGGUGGAGUGCCGAUGCGAGUGGACGUUUCGUCACUGCCCACGAAAAACUUCGAAGUGCGGGGCGAGCUGGUGAUGUCGAAAGAGCAAUUCGCGUCUCUGAACGCUGCGCAGCGCGAAGUGGGCGAGAGGGAGUACUCGAACCCUCGCAACUUGGUCGCGGGGGUGCUCAACAGGAAGCAAGACACGGACCUGGGCUUGCGCAAGAAGCCGUUCAAUCUCAUAUGCUACACACUCAUGAGUCUCUCUGAUGAAGGCGAGGCUGGGUUGCCGCCGUCGCACCAGGCGCGGCUGGAGUGGUUGGACCGCAGGGGCUUCACGGUCGACUCCCGAGCAACACUGUGCGGCGACCUGGCGUCGAUGGUCAAGUUCGUCGGCGAGUGGGACAACACGGAGCUGCGCGACGCGUUCCCCUAUCUGAUCGACGGCGUCGUGGUCAAGGUCAACGCCAUCGCCCAGCAGCAGGCCCUGGGCGCCAACAACCGGGCGCCCAAGUGGGCCGUCGCCUACAAGUUCGGGGCCAGCAAGGCCGUCACGCAGCUGCUCGACAUCGUCUACCAAGUGGGCAGGUCGGGCAAGGUCACCCCCGUCGCCGAGCUGCAUCCCGUGCACCUGAUGGGCUCGCUCAUCUCCCGCGCCACGCUCCACAACACGGCCUACGUCGAGCAUCUCGCCCUCAAGAAGGGAAACAUGGUGACUGUUGAGAAGGCUGCUGACGUCAUCCCCAAGGUUAGCGGCGUCGUUGCGAUGAAUGACAACAACGACAACGGCGGCGUUGAUGAGCUCACCAAGGCGCCGCGCUGUCCGUGCGAGCGACGCGUUGCGUUGGUGCGCGAGGACAUUGAUCUCCACUGCCGCGAGCCGAGCUGCCCCGAGGUGGCCGUUGCCAAGAUCGUGCACUUUGCCUCCAAGCAGGCCAUGGACAUCGAGGGCCUGGGCGAGGGCCUCGUGCGCGACCUCUUCCGCCAGGGCCUGCUGCGCUCUGCCGUCGACAUCUAUUCAUUGCUGGAUGACGACGACAACGACGCCGGCGACGUCAGCAAGCGAGCCGCGUUGGGCGAGCGCAAGGGCUGGGGCGAGAAGAAGAUCGCCAACCUCCUGCGGAGCGUGGAGCAGAGCAGGCACAGCCGAGACCUCUCCUCGUUCCUCUUCGCUCUCGGGAUUCCGCACCUGGGCAAGCACACCGCUCAAUUGCUGGCCGACCAUUUCAAAAGCUUCGAGUCGUUGAUGGCGGCUACGGAGGAGGACCUGCGUGGAAUGCACGGCGUGGGCGACAUCAUUUCUUCAUCGGUCGCGCACUUCCUCCACGAUCCAAAGAACAGAGAGGACCUCCAGCGGUUGUACGCCAUCUGCAAGCCCAAGGAGAACACGGAGCGAUCGCGGGCUAGAGCGGCCAGGGCGAACGGCGAGGAGAAGCCACCAACGUGCAGCGUCUCCUUCACGGGCACGCUGAGCGGCAUGGCCAGACACGAAGCCUCUGCGGCUGCUGUCAGUGCUCUCGGGGCGGUGGUGAAGCCGUCGGUGACGCGAGGCCUCACGAUGCUGGUGUGCGGCGACAAGCCCUCGCCGGCCAAGGUCAAGAAGGCGCGCGAGCUCGGCGUGGAGAUCGUCUCCGAAGAACAGUUCCGUGCGCUGCUCCUUCGCCAGCGACAGUCACCCGAGCCGCCGCAGUGA